AUGAGUGAAAAUGUUGGUAGGAAAAAAUCCCAACGGUGGGUGAGUGUUUCAAAGGGAAAUUACGGCGGUCAAGAUUGGGAUAGCAGUGAAGAUGAAAUGGAGGCUGGUGAGGUACAGGAUGAUGGUUUGGCCCGCAAUACAACUGUUAGAAAGCUCCCACCGCUACCAAAGCUAAGCUACGGGAAGGAUGCGGCGGAUGUUGCGGAUGACACAGAAACAAAUCCGGUGCGCGAAAAUUUGGACGUGACCGAGAUGAGUGCGUCGGAAGCGUCAGCUACAACUAGCCGGCGUUCCAGCUUGGUACACUCUGGUUUUGCAUACUCUGAAUCAGAUGAAGAGUGUAGGGUUCCUAAAAGUGGGUAUUUUGCGAAUAUAAGGGGUGAUACCGCUACGCCAGAAGUAAACCACCAAGAGGCCAGCGAAACUUCUGCCGGAUCCGAAAAUGAUCUACGACAGGGUGUUGUCGAUGGAAAAUUACAGGGUACGAUGUCGAUAGCAGAUGAUCAAGGUGACCAGAUGGAUAAUAUUGCCCAGGAUGAAAGCAUCGUGCAUAAACCAGUGACGCUGGAAAACGAUUUUACGCAAGAUGGCACGCAGGAAAGUACUUCAAGUGACAACACCGAGGAAGAUACCCAAGGGUCACCAGGAUCACAGGAAUCAAUUGGGCUUGAUCAGCCAGAGGCGGGGAUGUCUACCGAGCAUAUUGGCGGGCCUGAAGCACACGAGGAAGCAGAGAUAUUUACCGAGCACAAUGGCGAAGCUGAAAUACACGAGGAAGUCAAGGUGACCUCGCUGCUGCCUUCGGUGGGGUCGGGUGUCUCCAGCUCGUCCAAUAAAGACGAUAAAGCGUACUCUCAGUCUGAAGUUGAAAGCACGAGCUCUGGUGAAGCGGGUACUCGAUCCCUAUCUUCUCCAACCACCGGGGCUCAAACGUCAAGUCAGAUUGCUACUACUGCACCAACGGAGAAUUCACUAAGUCGCCAUAGUCGAUCUUCUAGCGCUAGUUCUUCCUCGGACGACCUCUAUGAGGAAAAUUCCUCGUUUCUCAAUCACUACGGUACCAACAGUACUCAAUCGUCACCUGCAAUCAACGAUAGCGGGAGCCCCUCAAAGUUGCAUGAUUCUUCUCCUUUGAAAAUUAGACAAACAUCCAGAACCGUUUUGAACCACUCAGAUGAAAAUUUAAACUCUUCAGAUGACAUUGAGAGUUUCAAAUUCAAGGAGCGUAUACGAGACUCUAUAGUGGAUAGCUCUUCCUCUGAUAGUGAUGAAGAUAAUGAGAGUGUCUUGAGGAUACCGAAAGAUGGGUAUUACGCCAAGGUCAUGAAUGAGUAUUCCCAGGAUGUCGUUGCUCAAGGUAAUGAUAAUACUGACGAGCACAACAGUAUUGAGGAUAGCGACGAAAUUAGUACAGAAACUGGAUCCAUUACUAAAAGUAUCAGUGAUUUUGGCCAAUCUACGGAUCAAGAGGAUCGCCAAUUGUCAAUAGCGUCCUCUAGAACAUUUAAUGUCGAUGUUGCUGCCCGUGAGAAAGCUGAGGAGGCGUCCCCAAGAAGUAGCGACGAGACUAAGGAUUUCAACUCCAGGCAAUCCAUCAAUUUAGGUAAAUGGCAGCCUGAUACAAAUGCAACGCGCGCCGGGUUUUUGGGUGAUGUGCCAACAGCACCUGAGGGAUAUGUUAUCGAUAGAGAUGGGCAAAAGAUAGACCUCAAUCCCUCUGGUAUGAGGAAUAUGAGAGCUUUGUCGACAUACACGGAUGCCGAGAGCACAUGGAAUGCCUUUCCCGCUUCUGGCGGCGAUACUCAAGGAGAUCUCGACACAAUAUAUGACACCAAGACCAUUUACGAUAAUCAGACUAUUUACAACGUCCCGGGAAUUGCGACUAAUACGGAUUCGUUACCUCCACUACCUCAUGAUAUUUCUGCAGUGUACUCAGGUCAAACCAAUCUUAUUACAGAUUCCGAUUCGAUCCUCAAGCACUUGAAUGGGGAAAAGCGGCAACAUACUUCGAAUUUGAAAGAAGAUUUUUCAGUACAUGCACCAGACUCGACAGAAAUAGCACAGUUGGAUGGAAAGGCUGUUCCUCGAAUGGAUUUGAAUUCCUUGUUACAAAUGAACAAAAAGUUGCAUUCUGUGAAAUUAAGAGAAUUAGAGGGCUAUUCUAGUGAACUUCAAGGCUUUGACAGUGGAUUGCAAACUUGGAUUAACUACGCUCUGAAGUCUUCGGCGUCCGAAAAAGACUACAUCUUUCAGGACUACAAGGUAAGUAAGCAUGUGAGGGACGCCUAUGCACACGCUGAUGAACUCAGCAAAAAGGUAAGCGUAAGCAACACCGUAGCUAAUGUGAAUCAAAACGUAUCGCAUUUGAAACGGAAAAUGUUUUCUCAGUCUAUGAAGGAGAAAUCCAAAGGACUGUUUUCGUCCAUUGGUAAAAAAAAGGCGUAA